UCUAUUUCUUACGACUGCUGUCCAACAUUCAGCUUUUGAAUCCGGUAUUUAUACGUAUUAGCGCCAGAAAAUUUGCAAUCAGUCCAUCACUAUCUCACACACGGUGUCCCAAUGAGUGAAAACAAGAGACUUAAAACAAACAACCCGACUCCUGACUCUGGCGAGUCGCCUUUGCUCAACGAGAGCAUUCUUUUACUCAUCUUCAAAUCAAUAAAAUGGGACAUUCACGUCCUUUGCUUGACCGCCUCCCUGAACCAGAAGCUCCGGGCGAUCGCAGAGCGUCUUCUCUGGCGGAAACUCUGCACGAAUCGCGCGCCGCGCAUGGUAAAUGCAUUAUCUAACGGAGCCCCUAACAGCCGUAUUAACGGUGGAUGGAACGCGCUAGGUAAGCUAUUGUUUUUCUGUUGUGGAUGUGAAUCCACUCGUCAUUUCCAGCUGAGUCAACGAUUGUCGGGUCAUUUCGUUAAAUCAUCCCGGUUUUCAAAAACUUCGGGUCGGAGCUUUUUACCGAAAAAAUGUCGAGGCGAUUUGCUGUAUGUAAGCGACCCCUGUGAGCAUCCACUAGGGGAUAGGGAUGACGACGUGGGAAUUUUCCGAGGGGUAUUUCGGGAAUUUAUGAAAUCCAAGACUAGAGCGUGUUUGAUCCGACGGCAGGUGGAGUUCGCGGAGAGCGUGAGAUGUCCUUACUGUGGGGCCCGUGUAUGGAGCAUGACAACUGCUCAGCUUAUCCCUAAGAGUGCGGCACGGCGGCUGGGUACGUAUGACGGUGGGUUAGAGUAUUUUGUGUGUUUAUAUGGGCACUUACACGGGACAUGUUGGCUGGUACCACUGUCGUCUGAUGAAGAUCGUUGCGACGAUGAAGAGGGCGGCAACAGUGGUGAUGAUUGUGAUGAAGGUCUUGCUGAUGAUGAUGACAAUCGGACGGUUUAAGAUGGAAGUAAGAGUUCCAAGGGUAAGGUGGCUGGUGGUAAUGAGUAAAUGAUGAUGUCACAUCUUCUGUCUCUCAGUGAUGACGUAGAGGAUCAUGGUACGAUUUUGUGUUGAUGUAAAUCUUCUUUUCUCAUAAUUGUACUGGAUAUUGUCUUGUUUUGUAGCAAAGCGGCUUUUUAAUUCUCUUUUUUUAUUUCGCCUUGCUUUCUCACGGUAAUUCACAUGUGAACUCUAGCCUUUAUUAAGAUGGUUUUUUAGCUGAA